CCUCUUUUUAUUCUCCUGUCUUGAUGUCGUCUUCUCCUCGUCUUUGUCUCCCUCAGACUACAGCGUCCACGACUUCGGCGACCUCAACUUCCACUACCCGGAGAGCGACGAGUCCUACAACAACAUCCAGUCGCCUCGCACUGUGGGAGCGGCCAAUAAGAAGCUGUCUGGAGCCGUGAGCAGAGCCGUGGGUGCAGGACACACACUGGUCAUGCUGGGAGGUGAUCACAGCCUGGCUAUCGGAUCAGUGGGAGGCCACGCCCAGCAGUGUCCUGACCUGUGUCUCAUCUGGGUCGACGCCCACCCAGACGUCAACACGCCCAUGACCUCUCCAUCGGGAAACCUUCACGGCCAGUCGGUGGCGUUCAUGCUCAAAGAGCUGCAGGACAAGAUUCCAGACCUCCCCGGGUUCUCCUGGACGAAGCCCUUCCUGUCAUCGAGGGACCUGGUGUACAUCGGCCUGCGGGACGUCGACCCCGGGGAGCAGUACGUUCAAACCCUCUGUUUUUUUUUUUAAAAGGCUUUAUAUUUUUCUCACUUAAAUAUAAUAUAAAU